AUGUUUUGUCCUUUUUAUUUCAUAAUAAUAAAAUGGCUCAGUGCGGAAUUAGUUCCGAGAACUAUUCCUUCCUUCACUCUAAUUAUUAUAGGGUUCAGUUUUCCACGUGGGCUUUUAUCCGCAACACCAAUAUGGAAUACCGCAUAGGGUAUUUCUUUGGUCCAGGAUACUAGGAGCACCUGGUUUUGCUGCUUGACAAACCUGAGGAGGGUGACCCUUAGGCGGAACACGAGGAGUCAAGUUCGAGCGAGGCCAACGCGGCCAGUGCGGACCUUCUGGCCUGACAAGUGAAGUCUUCUAGAAUGCCUACAUAUAGGGAGGAUCGCUGCUGACGUCACUAGUUGGGAUUUAAAAGGGUGGGCUAUGCAUGCCUAAAUCACCCUGCGGAAGAGGGAAGACACUUUUUUAAACACCUAAGUAAGUAAGUAAGUAAGUAAGUCCUUUUUAUUUCAAAAUUUCUCUGUUCGAUAAAGUGGCUAGGUUUAUCUUGAAUAUAGAUGAGCCUCAAGGCACUGAGCUUCGAGAAACCAAAGGACCCCCAAGAUUUACAGUAAAAAUCGAUGAAAACUUAUCAAGCUCUAAUGUGAAAAUUGAUGAGUAAAAUUUUAUAUAGACAACGCAUUGGACAACAUAGGAUGACGUUUUUAAUUUCAGGGAAUGGGAAAGCUUUAGCAAAUUCUCAGCUAAUUCAGGACAAGGCAUAUUUUGAAGUAAAAGUGAUUAAACCUGGAAAUAUUGGAAUUGGUGUCUCGAAAAACACAAAAAACCAUCUAAAUGAAGGGGUAGGCCAAGACCAAGAAUCGUGGGGAGUACUUUUUACAAGCAGAGACGGGCCAAGUAUAUAUAAAGUUGCCCAAGGCACUGUGAUUGGAUGCUUGUUUGAUCAAAGUGAUGUCCCAGCAAUGAUAAGCUUCACUAAAGAUGAUAGGCCAAUUGAUGGGGCGAAGGUGUCAGGGAUGAAAGGAUCUGUCGUGCCUGCAAUAAGUGUUAGUGGAGGUGCUGAAAUUGAAGUAAUUUUUGAUUCUCAACUAUUAGAAUACAACCCCCCUUCAGGGUUUAGUCCUAUCAUUUUCUCACAGAAUUUCAUGUUUUAG